CAUUUGUUAAUGCUUUUUAUCAAAUUCCAUUGAAAAUAUAAAUAUUAUCUGAUACUUGAAACGCUAUUUGUUUUAAAUCAUCAUCGUGUGUGAUCUGAGCCAGUCUCUAAUGUGAAUCUUAGUUUUCUUAUCAGUUAUGGAGCUAUUAUUUAAAACAAGUCAAUUCUACCAUUCCGUAUACAGCCUAUUUUUUCUACUUUUACUACCAAACACUUUAGCAAAAUGUUUAUUUUAUGGACAGUGUCACAAAGACGACAAGGGUCAUGCCCAGAAUUGUGUAAAGUGGAUGGACAAUGAUGCUAAACCAUUAAACACAUCACAUGAAAAAUAUUUUGCAGCUGUUAAUUACUUAAAAGAGUAUUGCCCUUUUUAUGUUGAUAGUAAUGGAGAACCAAUCGACCUCUGCUGUGACGUAGAUCAAGUGAUGACAUUGGGCGAUAAUUUGGCAAGUGCUGCCCCAUUUAAGAGGUGUGAAACUUGCAUUACAAAUAUGGAAAGUGUCUUCUGUCAGUUCUCAUGUUCACCAAAACAACUUGAAUUUGUAAAAGAUCAUAAUGUCCAUAUUAAUCUUGAGACAUGGGAAAUAUAUACGGAUGAUGUGACUGUUUAUAUAGAUGAAAAAUAUAUUAACCAAACUUAUGAGUCUUGCAAAGACGUCUCCUUACCAGCCACUGGCGAGAGUGUAAUGGGAAGUUCUUGCGGGAAUUACGGCGCUCUCUGGUGUAAUCCACAAAGAUGGUUCGAUUUUAUGAAUAAUCCGGAUAAUAUGGUAGCUCCAUUCGCAAUACACUAUGAAAUCGUUAAUCCUGAAAUUGAUACAGAAGUAUACGAAAAAUAUAUUCCAAUCAAUUUCACUGCCUAUCCUUGUGACCAGGCGUGGCCAAAUAAAAGUGCCUGCAGUUGUAGUGACUGUCCGGCUAAUUGCAAAGGUGUAAAGUAUGAAGAACUGGAAAAAGAAUCUCUGAUUUGGAACACUUUUAAUAUUUAUGCCUUUAUUGUUGCUUGCUUAUUUUUAUUCAUGGCUGUGUUUUCCGCAAUAGGAGUGAUUAUACUUAGCAAAUUUAUAAUACCUAAGGGCUUAUGGAACAUUAGAAAGUGUGCAGCUAACGUAAAGAGUACUAAUGAUAAGAUAAACCAAAUCUUCGAAAAUUGUUUCUAUCAUAUUGCAUAUAUUAUUGCCAAAGAAAGAAUAAAAGUACUAGUUAUGUGUGCUGCUAUAGUAGGUAUUUUAACUGUUGGCAGUGGCAUGCUAAAGGUUACUGUGAAUCCUGUUGAACUUUGGGCUGCGCCGAAUAGUGAAAGCAGAUUGGAGAAGACUUUUUUUGACACCUACUUUGGACCUUUUUACAGAACCAAUCAAAUUUUUAUUAAAACUGUGGGAUUAAAUUCAUUUAUCCACGAAACUCAGUAUGACGAAAAUAUUACCAUGGGUCCUGCUUUUAAUGCCGAAUUUUUGGUUGAAGUCUUUAAACUACAAAAACAGAUUGAAAACAUUACGUUUGAAUCAACUGACAAUAAAGGCAAUACUGUAACCAAAGGACUAAAAGAUAUAUGCUAUGCUCCCAUGAGAACGAUCUAUUCAGGAACACCAACUACAGAUGAGUGUACUGUUAUGUCUUUGUUAGGAUAUUUUGAAAACGAUAUAGAUAAAUUUUGGAAUAAUGUAACCAAGGCAUAUGAUACCAUUAUCGGAUGCACACAGGCACCCUAUAGUAUGAGCUGUUUAGCGCCUUAUGGAGGACCAAUUCUUCCUGGCAUAGCUUUGGGAGCAGGAACAAAAGAUAAAAGUUACAUGGACGCAGUUGGAGUUUCAUUAACAUUUUUGACAAAGAACAGUGUUGAGUCAUCAGAAAUAGAAGAUACGCUGGUGUGGGAACAGAAAUUCAUUGAAUUUUUAAAACAUUGGGACAAAAGUGAGCGACCUAGUAACAUGUCAAUUGCUUUUAGUGCCGAAAGAUCCAUACAAGAUGAGAUCCAAGAGCUUUCAAAAUCGACCAUGUGGACAGUUAUUAUAAGUUACACCGUUAUGUUCAUUUACAUAAUAAUAAACCUAGGAAAAUUCACAUCUUUUCAUAACAUUCUGCUUGAAUCCAAAUUCUCUCUUGGUCUUGGAGGCAUAAUAAUCGUGUUCAGCUCAGUGGGUUGCGCCGUUGGAUUAGGUGGAUAUUUUCAAGUAGUUACCACAAUGUUAACCAUUGAAGUAAUUCCGUUUUUGGUACUAGCUGUAGGAGUAGAUAACAUUUUUAUUAUAGUGCAAACUCACCAAAGAAAAGAAAGAGACCACAACAAAAGUAUUCCAGAAAAUAUAGCGGAGACAAUGGCUCAGGUUGGACCAAGUAUCUUGCUUACUAGCUCUUCCGAGAUAUUUUGUUUUGCAAUAGGUACUCUGUCUAGCAUGCCUGCAGUUCACACCUUCGCGCUAUAUGCCACUGUGGCAGUUCUGUUCGAUUUUAUAUUACAAAUCACAGCCUUUGUGGCUUUACUGGCUUUGGAUGAACAGCGAUAUGAGGCUAAUCGGCUAGAUCUGGCAUACUGCAUUAGAGUUAAGAGAGAUGACACUUUAGAAUCUAAAGAGUUUUUGUAUAACGCAUGGAAAGAUCGUGUUACACCUAUUAUAAUGAAAUAUCCUGUUAGGAUUGCUGUGAUAUGUGUGUUCACCAUAACGACUAUGGUGUCAAUUCUUCUUUCACCCAUGAUAGAAGUAGGACUGGAACAACAACUCUCCAUGCCAGAGGGUAGUCAUGUAUUGAAGUAUUUUCAAUACAUGAAUGACCUGCUCAUGAUUGGACCACCAGUGUAUUGGGUAACAAAGGGCCAAGUCGACUAUUUUAACACAGACAUUAAUCAUAAAUAUUGCGGAGGCAUGGGCUGUGCACCAGACUCAAUUAGUACUCAGAUAUUCAUGGCAAAACUUCAACCAGACUUAACUCGAAUAGCAACACAGGCCAACUCUUGGUUAGACGAUUUCAAGGACUGGAGCGAAACCGAGAGCUGUUGCAAGUACUUUAAGGACACAAAUUACUUUUGCCCUCAUACCUACAGCUCUGAAGACUGCGAUCCUUGUUAUUUUAGUCUAAUGAAUAAAAGCGGCCUAAGCCAGUAUAAUUAUUACCGAAAGUAUCUUCCUCACUUUUUGAAUGACAACCCGAAUCCAUCGUGUGCCAAAGCCGGACACCCAGCAUACUCUAACGGCAUUACUUAUUUGUCCGAUGAAAACGGAUAUACCGAUAUAAUUGCCUCGAACAUUAUGGGUUACCAUACUGUUCUUAAAAAAUCAAAGGACUAUAUUGAUGCUUUAAAGUAUGCAAGAGCAAUUUCAAAAAAUUUAACAAAGACUUUGGAUCUACCAGGUGUUGAAAUAUUUCCGUACAGUGUAUUUUAUGUAUAUUUCGAACAAUACCUGACUAUAUGGGAAGACACAUUAAGGUCAUUGGCUGUAUCUUUAGCGACUAUUUUGGGCACAACAUUUGUAUUCACUGGAUUCAGUAUAUUGCAAUCGCUCAUACUGACCUCCACUGCAAUUAUGAUCCUUUGCCACAUGAUGGGACUAAUGUACUUAUGGGGAAUUUCAUUAAAUGCUAUCUCCUUGGUUAAUUUGGUCAUGAGUGUGGGUAUAGCAAUUGAAUUCUGUGGACACAUGGUUUACGCAUUUGAGAAUUCUGCCAAACAUAAUGCCUUGGAUCGAGCGACAGACGCCUUAGCGCAUACAGGAAUUAAAGUAUUAAGCGGAAUAACACUGACGAAAUUCUGUGGCAUUAUAAUUUUAGCGUUUGCUAGUUCUCAGAUCUUCCGGAUAUUUUACUUUAGAAUGUAUCUAGGAAUCGUGAUAAUAGGAGCACUACAUGGAUUGGUGUACCUUCCAGCGCUUCUCAGUUUCUUAGGGGCGCUAAAAUAUCCUACAUCACCCGAAAAGGAGACACACGUAAAGGAAAAUGGAUUCCACAAAGAGCUGUAAAAAACUGUUUUCUUGGAAGAUAAAGCGAUACUAUCAAAUAAUUUUGUAUCGUCUUCAAAAUUUGAACGGAUCUGCGAUAUCAAUUUUCUACAUUUAUGUAAGCGAAUAUAUCAGGGAUGCUUGUGAGAACUUUAAUUAUAUGAGUAUAAGUACUUAUUAUUGUUUAAAAAGUGUAUAUGGAUUGUUACUAGAAUUAAUUUUUUAUACCUAUUUAUUGUUUUAAAAUAAAACUUGUUUUAGAAAU